AUGGGUGAUACCGCCAGUUCUGCGCCCCCGCAGAUUCGACUGGACACGUCGAACGUGUCAGAGCAACCAGAGCCAUCAUCGUCACCCAUAUCACCGGGAACAACGACACACAGAAGAGGUCUGAGUAUAUCAACACCUCCUCAGACCGCCAUCGAUGAGGGCUCUUUUCUGUCUCCCACAACUCCAGACCGGAAACAGCAAUUCGAUGGAUCGACGUUGAAUUCUCGGUCUGGGUCCAUUCAAUCGGGCCCAACUCGGAUUCGAUCGAACUCGGGCAUGUCGGCCACUUCGAGCGUCACUUUUCAUUCCAAGACCAGCCUCGAAUUUGAUUCCCCCGAAGAUGCCUUACGACCGGACAAGGGCACCGAACGGGAUUUUGACGACCGAGACUCUCCAUUUGCCUUUUCACCCGGGAUGCUCAACAAGCUCCUCAAUCCAAAGUCAUUGUCAGCAUUCAAAGCCUUGGGUGGUCUUAGAGGCAUCGAGAAAGGUUUGAGGACGAGCGUAACUGCUGGACUUUCGACAGAUGAAACUCGGCUUUCAGGUCGAGUAUCUUUCGAUGAGGCUACCACUAUUUCCUCCGAAAAGGGUUUCUCAGAUGUUCCCGUCGCUGAAGAGGAUCCUCCUGUCUCGGGACAGGCGAGCCAAGUACAGGGCCAAUUCGAAGACCGAAUACGUAUAUUUCGGGACAAUCGCCUACCGGAGAGGAAACCAGAUGGGAUUCUGCUGCUCAUUUGGAGAGCGUACAACGACAAAAUCCUCAUUCUUCUCACCAUUGCUGCCGUUGUUUCCCUCGCCCUGGGCAUUUACGAAAGUGUCUCGGGUGAGUCUAGCGUCGACUGGGUCGAGGGUGUGGCUAUUUGCGUUGCCAUCAUCAUCGUGGUAACCGUAGGCGCUGCAAACGACUGGCAAAAGGAACGCCAAUUUGUCAAGCUCAACAAGCGGAAAGACGAUCGUGAGGUCAAAGUCAUUCGCUCUGGCAAGUCUGUCAUGGUUUCAGUUCACGACAUCACAGUGGGAGAUGUGCUUCACCUCGAACCAGGGGAUGCUAUCCCCGCCGAUGGUGUCUUUAUUACCGGCCACGGUGUCAAAUGUGACGAAUCAUCGGCUACAGGUGAAUCAGACCAGAUGAAAAAGACCCCUGGAGAUGAAGUAUGGCUUCGCAUCCAGGAUGGCACUGCAACUGCAAAACUCGAUCCUUUCAUCAUCAGUGGAUCCAAGGUUCUUGAGGGUGUCGGCACAUAUCUUGUCACCAGCGUCGGGACUAAUAGCUCCUAUGGAAAGAUCUUGAUGAGUCUCCAAACCGACAACGACCCUACACCCUUGCAAGUUAAACUUGGAAAACUCGCCAAUUGGAUCGGUGGCCUCGGCUCAGCUGCUGCCAUUCUACUCUUCUUCGUGCUUCUCUUCAAAUUUGUGGGUCAUCUCAACAACGACCCACGACCGAGCCCGGAAAAGGCACAAGAAUUCCUGGAUAUUCUGAUUGUUGCAAUCACCGUCAUUGUCGUCGCUGUCCCGGAAGGCUUGCCCUUAGCGGUUACACUAGCGCUCGCCUUUGCAACAACCCGUAUGCUGAAAGAGAACAACCUCGUCCGCGAACUCCGCGCUUGCGAGACGAUGGGCAAUGCUACAACAAUCUGCUCCGACAAGACUGGCACUUUGACACAGAAUAGGAUGACAGUGGUUGCAGGCACGCUUGGAACGACAGACAAGUUUGCGUCCUCACACUCGGAGGAGAAGUCUGAUGCCAUCAGUUUUUCGACCAUGUUUCAAAAACUCGGGCCCGAAGUCAGGGACCUCCUUCGUGUAUCACUUACUCUGAACAGCACUGCUUUCGAGGGAGAAGAGAAUGGCGUCGCGACCUUCAUUGGCUCGAAGACUGAGGUCGCGCUGUUGACUCUGGCCAAAGAAAACUUGGGGCUGGAUAAUCUCGCAGCGGAACGGUCAAGCUACAAAGUCAAGCAGCUGAUCCCUUUCGACUCGGCGCGCAAGUGCAUGGGUAUUGUCAUCAAAAUCAAUGGCGUAUAUCGCCUUCUGGUCAAGGGUGCCGCGGAGAUUAUGCUUUCUCAUGCUACCAAAACAAUCUCGAACAUUGCCGAAAAGCACUAUCACGUCGAUGACCUCACCGCCGAAGAUCGUGAAGCCACUGCGCAGACUAUCGACCAAUAUGCCCAGCACUCUCUCCGGACCAUUGGUAUACUGUACAAAGACUUCCAGCAAUGGCCACCUGUAGGCGCCAAGACGAUGGAGGAAGACCCAAAGAUGGCCCAAUUUGACGACAUCUUCAACGAUAUGAUCUGGAUCGGCGUCGUUGGAAUUCACGAUCCUCUUCGUGACGGUGUGAUUGAGGCUGUGUCUCAAUGCCAAAAGUCUGGUGUGAUUGUCCGUAUGGUCACUGGCGACAAUAUUACCACCGCACGUGCUAUCGCAAUGGACUGUGGCAUUUUACGUGAAGGCGAAGACACCAUCGUUAUGGAAGGGCCGAAAUUUCGACAACUGUCGGUCGAGGAAAUGGACGAGAUCCUUCCGCGUCUCCGAGUCCUGGCGCGUUCAUCCCCCGAAGACAAGCGGAUCCUGGUCGGCCGCCUAAAGCACCUUGGUGAAACUGUUGCUGUCACUGGUGAUGGUACAAAUGACGGACCUGCCUUGAAAAUGGCCGACGUCGGCUUCAGUAUGGGCAUCGCUGGUACCGAAGUUGCCAAAGAGGCAUCGUCCAUCAUCCUUCUCGACGACAAUUUCUCCUCUACCAUCACAGCCCUUAUGUGGGGAAGGGCAGUCAACGAUGCAGUCAAGAAAUUCUUACAAUUUCAAAUCACAGUCAACAUCACCGCAGUGGUUUUGACCUUUGUUUCUGCCGUCUCGAGUGAGUCCAACCAUUCGGUCCUGACCGCUGUUCAGCUUCUCUGGGUCAACCUAAUUAUGGAUACCCUGGCAGCACUUGCGCUUGCCACGGAUGCUCCAACUCAAAAGAUCCUCGAAAGGCCACCACAGCCUAAAUCCGAGUCGCUCAUCACCAUCAACAUGUGGAAGAUGAUUAUCGGCCAAGCCAUUUAUCAACUCGUCGUCACCUUUACGCUUUACUUCGCGGGUAUGAGGAUCCUGAGCUACGAAGGUCCACAACAACGAACAGAGCUCGACACAGUCGUCUUUAACGCAUUUGUGUGGAUGCAGAUCUUCAACGAGUUCAACAACAGACGCUUGGACAACAAAUUCAACAUCUUUGAGAACAUCCACAAGAACUUCUGGUUCCAAGGUAUCAACUGCAUCAUGGUUGGAGGUCAGAUCAUGAUCAUCUUCAUUGGUGGGCGAGCCUUCAGUAUCACCCGCCUGAACGGCACUCAAUGGGCUAUAUCUCUUUUGUGUGCUGCUCCCUGUUUGCUGUGGGCGAUCUUGGUCCGCCUUUUCCCCGAUGCUUGGUUUGCUGUCGUCUUCAAUGGUUGUGUGAGCGCACUAGCUUUCUUCCUCCGACCAAUCUGGAAGGUGAUGCACAUCAUCUUCCACCCUGUCGCGGAGGUUUUCCGAUCUGCCAGUCGCUUCAUAAAGCGACAAUUCCGCAAGAACAAGUCAAACGAAGACGAGAAGCCGGAUGUCGAGCGUCCCUCGUCGAGUCUCACAGGUCGUCAAUCUCAGGGCGUGGAUGAAAAGACCGGCGUGCCUUCGAUGCCGACCUUUGCAGCAUCCGACCCCACCAACGUGAGCCCGAAUAUUGAGAGCAACAAUGGCACAAACGAUCACCAUGUGAGCGACAUACCCGUUCCCUCCGUUUCUGUUACAGAACCGAAAUGA